UGUUGAGAAGAGGCGGUUCGAAAGGAUAAUUCGCUGACUCUCCGAGUGUUUUGUUGUCCUGUUUCUCCUUUGGUAACGCUGCGCAGCGUGGGCGGCUAGACGACAUCUUGUCCUACGCUUCGCGCGAAUGCGCGGAUCAGCACACUUAGCGAGGUCGUGCAAUGAUUUACCUGGUGAUCGCCUCUGGACUACUGACCCUUGAAACAUGAUGGCGACCGGGUAUUCUUCCGCUGACCAGCUGCGCGAUGCCGACUACACGACGAGCCAUCGUUCCCCUCCACCCAUACCCUCAUCGCCGCGCGGCCCUCCCUUCGUCAAUCAGCGUGAAGCCUUCUCCGCUGCCGUCGCGAACGCCAUUGGAGUGGAAGAACGGCAUUCAGAGCAGCUGCCAGACAGCCGCCCGCUCGCGCGAGUGAACACGACUGGAUCGGGCGCGAGGAAGACGACCGGGUGGCCUAUCGCCGACGACAACGCGUUGACUAACGGCGGGCCCGUUGGAGGACGGAGUCGAGCGGCGAGCACUGGUGACGGCGGGGCGUUUCCACGAAAGCGCAGCUUCAGCCUGUUGCGCAAAUCCAACACCAGUUCGUCGCGCAAGAAUUCACUCGACCAGCCCGAACGCGCCUUCUACGUCGCCGAGCCGACGGCACCACCGCUUCCGAAGACUCUCUUUGCGCAAGUACAGCAGGAAGCAGCAAACCGCCCGCCGCAGGCAGGCAAGACAGGAAGCAUGUUGCGCAAAGUCAGUGGCAUGGGCAGCAGUCGGCGGAAGGAGGAGCAGGAGAAGGCGAAGAGGGAAGCCGCGCAGCCUCGACAGCAACCACCGCACCUCCCUUCAUUCGCGCCGCUGCCAGGAAUGAAUCCGUUCAGCGAGGAACGACCGGACAGCGUGGCCAUCUUCAACGCUGCUUACACCACUUCAUCCGCCUCCGCAUCUGGCCCCACCCGACCGACCGCCAACUUCUCUCGUCCCAGCCAGUCGCAAGGCAUGCCGUCGAGCUCCGCCAUGAGCAGUUCUUCGCCGCCAGGCUACUCGAGUGGCCGGGCUGACAGCGCCCUGAACAGCUCCUCUCCGCCUGUUCCUUCGGCCAAAAUCAAUGGUGUCCACAGCAGUGGCGAGUAUGUAGCGCCAGACCUCUCAGACACCACCAGCAUGGCGAAUCGCGGCCGCUUCUCGUACGCAUCAACUACAACGAAUGUUAACGCGUUCAACAGCCCUCGCAGAAUUCGGCGCAAGAAGGACCCGACACCAUUCAACAUCCUCGUUGUCGGAGCUAAGAACAGCGGCAAGACUUCUUUCAUUUCAUUCCUUAAGCACUCGCUAGCCUUGCCCCCUGGCAAGCAGCCUCAUGGGAGCGAGCCCGAGCCACAGACUUCGUAUGGCAGCCGCGGAAGCUCCUCGUUCACUUCGACAUACCUGGAAUCGGAGAUCGAAGGAGAGCGAAUUGGUCUGACGUUAUGGGACUCCCAAGGGCUGGAAAAGAAUGUGGUUGAUCUGCAGUGCAGAGAAUUGGCCGGGUUCGUGGAAAGCAAGUUUGAAGAGACGUUCGCCGAGGAGCAGAAGGUCAUGCGUACGCCCGGUGUCAAAGAUACGCACAUUCAUUGCGUGUUGCUGGUGCUGGAUCCCGUUAGACUCAGCGCUACUAUUGCUCAGCAGCCCGGCGCCAAGAGAGCUGCAUCCACUCUCGACAGCGACCUCGAUCUCCAGGUAAUGCGGGCUCUCUGGGGCAAGACUACGGUGAUUCCAGUCAUCGGGAAAGCAGAUACGAUCACUACCGGUCACAUCACGUACCUGAAACGUACUGUAUGGGACGCUAUCAAGACUGCCAAAUUGGACCCCCUGGAAGCGUUGGAGCUGGAGGAAGACUCUGAAGAAGAGGCCAACAGCGAAAAUGACGACACCGGAUCCGGAAAGUCCAACUCUUCUUCCCCGGGAGGGCGGGGCAAGUCUCACCGGCGUCAAUCGAGCCUGUCCUUGAUGGAAACCAGCAAUGGAGAGACGCCGUAUCUCCCAAUGUCAGUGUUCUCGCCGGACAUCUACGACCUGCCUCCGUACGUGCCCGCACCAAAGAAAGGAGAGAAGAUCGGACGCCGAUUCCCAUGGGGCUUCGCGGAUCCGUACGAUGCCAGCCAUUGCGAUUUUGGACGUCUUCGCGACAGUGUGUUCUCCGAAUGGCGCGUGGAGCUGCGUGAUAUCAGCCGCAGAACAUGGUACGAGAAUUGGAGAACAUCGAGGCUGAAGAAUCUCCCAGGCACGCGCCAGCGUGUGCAGGGUGGGGUGACACCGGUUGCCAGCGUCCCCACAGGCGGUAGAAUCGCCUCUUCGCAAUCGAGACAGACGUCGCUCCAAGCCAAUGGCGCCGACUCUGGUGUUGAGAGGAAGGUGAGCAACAUUUCAAGCUCCGGAUCGCUUGGAGUGCCGCCGGUCUCGAGCCCAGGCUUGCCUACACGGGAUGUCUCUGGCGGGAGUCUGAGUGGCAGCGUCCGCGGAGGGGCUUCGAGAGCCUCAGAAUCGAACGCUCCGUAGGAGGAGAGAGAGCGUCAAAAGCGAGAAGAACGAGCGUCACGUCAGCAUACCUUAGAGCCUGGAGCAUGCGGACGCUUUUCAGCACGACCCAUGGUAUACUGAAGCAAGGGGGAUUACAGCCAUUCCCGGGAAGAAUGUGCAUUUUUUGUGUCUGUUUCGUUUCGAAGACUUUACGCUUUUCAGCGACUCACGGCCGGGUUCCAUCAGCUUCUGUGGACAGAGCAGAGGAGUUUUGGGACGUUUUUGUUUCGUUAAUUGACUUUUCGAAUUGUAUAUACCCCCAGAAUGCGGAUCGUUUCUUUGGUGUCUAUUUUGUUUUGCCUACAAUUUGAGGAGCUAUCACUACAACGUGCUCUGUCAUCUUAGGGCCGCUUCUGAUCUCAGUCUGUCCAGAGUCUGUUUCACUCAAGAUUAGCUCGGAUGGUCAGCG